CCGGAGGAGGAAGCGGAGGGCGCCAUCUUUGUGUUUGGUGUUAUGACUUUUCAAAAGGAAACAGAAGAGCUUCCUUUUGUGGAUACAUUUGAUGAAGAUGAAACUGAGAAAAAUUUUUUGUUGUCCAAACCUGUUUGCUUUGCUGUGUUUGGGAAACCAGGAGUUGGGAAGACAACAUUAGCCCAACAGAUAACACAGGCAUGGAAAUGUAUUCGUGUUGAAGCUUUGUCAGUUUUGGAAGAACAGCUUAUGUCUGACAGUGAAUCGGGAGUUAUGGUGCAAUCGAUGUUGGUCAGUGGUCAAAGCAUUCCAGAUGAACUUGUCAUGAAGCUGAUGUUGAUGAAGCUCAACUCCCCAGAAGUCUCUCACUUUGGCUAUAUUAUCACUGAAAUACCAUCACUUUCCCAGGACUCCAUGACUACCUUGCAGCAACUAGAAUUAAUUAAAAACUUAAAUUUGAAACCUGAUGUUAUAAUCAAUAUUAAGUGUCCUGACUAUGAUUUAUGCCAAAGAAUUUCUGGGCAAAGACAGCACAGUAGCACGGGGCACGUAUACACGAAGGAGCAGUGGGAUCCUGAAGUCAUUGAGAGUCGUAGGAAGAAGAAGAAAGAAGCCCACAAAGAGGGAAAACUGGAGGAGGAAGGAGAGGAGGAGGAAGAGCAAGAAGAAGAAGAGGCAUUCCUUGCUGAAAUGCAGAUGGUGGCUGAAAUUAUUCACCACCUAGUUCAGAGGCCUGAGGAUCAUUUGGAAAAUGUUGAAAGCCUCGUUAAACUUUAUAAGGAAACAAUUCUUCAUUCUUUAGAACAAGUAAUGGCUGAACACGAUCCCCAGUAUCUCAUUGAGCUAGAUGGAAAUAAGUCGCCAGAGGAGCUCUUCAUGAUAGUUAUAGAACGGCUUAAAUAUCUGAACCUAAAAACAGCAGCUGUUUUAAUCAAACUUCAGAGCUCAGAGGAAGAAACGAAUGACAUAAUGGAAACUGAUGAGCUGCUCCGCACUGUCGCAUCUUAUAAACUUAUUGCACCUCGAUACAGAUGGCAGAGAAGCCGAUGGGGACGUACGUGUCCUGUGAAUUUAAAAAAAGGUCACAUUUAUGCAGGAUCACCAGAUUUUGCUGUCAGUUUUCUAGGUAAAAUGUACUGUCUUUCAUCCGAAGAAACAUUAAAAACGUUUUUACUGAACCCACGUCCUUAUCUUCUUCCACCUAUGCCAGUACCACCAUGUAAAAUAUUCGUAUGUGGACCUCACAAUUCAGGGAAAACAACACUGAGCAAUUUGCUCGCAGAACAUUACAAAGGAAAGGUAAUUGACUAUGCUACACAUGUUCAACCCCGUUUUGAUAAAGCCCGUGAAACAUUAAUAAAAAAUACUAUAGAUAAGGCCACUGAGGCAGCUAUUCAAGCUGUGAAAGAAAAGCUUCUCACAGAACUACAAGCUAGAAAACAAGCAUUGGAAGUCUCAAUAGAUGAGGUAACUGCAAAUCAUCCAGAGGUUCUGUCUAUGAUUGAAGUGACUGUAAAAGCAUCAAAGGAUAUGAACUUUGAACAUCCGUAUGUAAAACAUGCUGAAAUCUUAGAGGAAGUCCUCACAGAGGUAACGACAGAAAACAGGAAUAGGUUUUCUGGUGCCCCAGAACAAGGAGGAUGGAUUCUGGACAACUGCCCUCUUAUUAAAGAACUGUGGGCGCUCAUCUUCGAGAAAGGAAUUAUGCCUGAUUUGAUCAUCUGUUUAUCAGAUACCGAAAAUGAUGGAAAAUACUUACUUAAUCGGCUAUAUUUAAAGAAUAAAUCUGAAAUUGAUGCGAAGAUUUUAGAAAGAUUAUCAGACGAACAAAAGAAAAAGAAGGAGGAAGAAGCAGCAAGAAAAGCCACAGAAGAGGCAUCGAGACAAGAGGAAGAAAAACAAAGGCUAAUGGAAGUUAUGAAUUUAAAAACAAAAGAAGCUGAAGAUCUGUUUAAUGAGGCUGAAGAGACGAGUGAAGGUGAGGGAUCUGAAGUUCGUGAAGAAUCUGAGGCAACUGAAGCAUCGGAAGAGCCCAGAGGGUCGCUGUUACCUGUUGAAUCUGAAGGAUCUGCGGCCCCUGAACCAGAACCUGAAUCAGUACCUGAACCUACUGAAGAUGCUAUAGUUGAAACAGAAAUCCCAAAAAUAUCCAAAGAUGGCCUGGAAACUGAAGAAUUAGCUGACACAGUUGUACUACCUGAGUUUCCAGAAGAUUCUUAUCCUGAUGUUCUUGAAAUGGACCCCUUUAAAGAGAAGGUUCAGAAUUUCCUCUUGACAUGGAAAAUUCUGGAAUCAUUCCUUCAUGACUCUGUCAUUCAAAUUUUAAACUUGGAAAUUUCCAACAAGACUCCGGAGGAACUACUUGAAAAAGUAGUUGAGACUAUGGAAAAACCCUUUCAGUUUACAGCAUGGGAGUUAAAUGCAGAUGACUAUGAGGAAGAAGCGGAUGACUAUCAGGCUGAAACGGAGGUCGGUGAGGAGCUGGAGGAAGAGGAAGAGGAAGAGGAAGAGAAUGAAGAUAGAAUUAAAGAGAAAAGGAGGCAUUUGGGAGAUACAAAGCACUUUUGUCCAGUGGUUCUCAAAGAAAACUUCAUCCUACAACCAGGCAGUGCAGAUGAUCCAGUUAAAUAUCGGGAAAAGAUCUACUAUUUUUCAAGUCUAGAGGCUAAAGAUAAGUUUUUGGAGCAUCCCGAGGACUACGUGGCUCAUAAUGAACCAUUGAAGGCUCCUCCAUUGAGAAUAUGCCUUCUUGGCCCUCACGGCUCUGGCAAAACUAUAUGUGGAAGACAGUUAGCAGAGAAGCUGGAGAUCUUUCACAUUCAGUUUGAAGAAGCUCUUCAGGAGAAAUUAAUGCUCAAAACUGAAAAGAGAAUUGGACCUGAAUUAGACGAAGAGUCUGAGGAAGAACUCGAAGCGAAGCAAGAACUCGAAGAGCUUGCAAUUCAGACCAAUGUCAACAUUGAGGAAGAAAACCCCAAAAAGCCGCUUCCGGACGUACAACUUACAGAAGAAGAAGAAGCCAUCAAAAUCAGUCUGAUAGAGAACGAGCCGCUGCCUCCUGAAGUUCUGGAUGUGAUUCUCUCUGAGUGGUGGCUUAAGGAGCCAAUACGCUCCACAGGUUUUAUACUAGACGGUUUCCCACGAUUUCCCGAGGAGGCCCAGUUUCUAGGGGAGCGUGGAUUUUUCCCAGAUGCUGCCAUUUUUAUGCAAGUUGAUGAUCAAGAUAUUUUUGAUCGUCUCCUUCCUUCCAAACUUGAAAAGUGGAGACAGAAACAAAAGAAGAAAUCAGAAAGGAAAAAACUCAUCAAAGACAUGAAGGCGAAAAUCAAGGAAGAUCUGAUUUCCAAAAGAAGGGCUGAACUUGUGUUAGAGAGAGAGAAAAAAAGGAAAAGUUCCUAUAAAGACGAUGAAGAAGUUAGUGAGGAAGACCUUGAAGAUGAUGAUGAGGACAUUGAAAACAUCCUUGAAGACGAGUUUCCAAAAGAUGAGGAAGAGAUGAGUGAGGAAGAUGAGCAGGAAAUUGACGCAAUUGAACACCUGAGAAGUGAACUGGGAGAAAAAUUUGAAGCAGAUUUGCAUAAUUUACAAAGUAUACAGGAGGAAUUUGAGAGGCUUUUGGUACCAAUAAUGCUCAUUAACGGAUCUCGGAAAAUCCACAUUGUACAAUACAUUUUGAAUACGAAAGUGAAACCACUGGUGGAAAAUCGAGCAAGCAUUUUUGAGAAAUGUUAUCCAGUAUCUAUACACACUGCCCAGAAAAUGCUUGGCCUUACCUACAAGUAUAUAAGUUCAUUUGGCUAUUGGGACCCUGUAAAGCUAAGUGAAGGAGACACAAUCAAGCCAGUUCAAAAUUCAGAGAAUCCAAUUUAUCCUGUAAUUCAUCGUCAGUACAUUUAUUUUUUAUACAGUAAGGAAACCAAAGAUAAAUUUAUGAAGAACCCAAUCAAAUACAUCCGCCAACCCAAACCUAAGCCUACUGUGCCUGUUAGGAUUAUCAUUGUGGGGCCUCCAAAAUCUGGGAAAACUACAGUUGCCAGAAGAAUUGCAAGCGACCUUGGCUUAAAGCGCUUAUCCAUCGGGGAUGCUUUGCGGCGUAUAUUAACCUACCACCCAGAAACAGAGCUGGCACUGAUGUUGAAUUGGCACCUUUACAAAGGAAUGGUAGUACCCGAUGAACUGGCUAUCCAAGCCUUGGAGCUCUGUCUGAUGGAAAGCGUGUGCAAUACCGCAGGUGUUGUCAUUGAUGGAUACCCCACAACUGAACAUCAGAUGAAUCUCUUGGAAAAAAGGUCAGUCAUCCCCAUGAUCAUCUUAGAGUUGGUUGUGCCUUCCAAGGAGAUUUUCAAAAGAUUGAUGGUGGAAAAAAAAAGUGAAGAAAGUUUGCCUUACCCGUUGCACAAUAGCGCACAGAUUAUAGCUGUCAGGAAUGCAAAGUACCGGAAAAAUGUUGAGGUGAUUCGGCAAUAUUAUCAAGAGCAGCAUCAGAACUGGUAUAUGAUCGAUGGAUUUCACAGCAAAUGGUGGGUAUGGAACGAAGUCGUUAAGAAUGUUCAGAUGGUGAAUAAAUACAUGCAGACAUAUCUGGAAAGAAUAAAAGAAGGAAAAGCUGCCUGCAUUGACAAGCUAUGUAUCACACCACAAGAGCUGCUUUCUCGCCUGGGGGAGUUUGGGCAGUUCUGCCCUGUCAGCCUGGCAGAAGCACAGGAAUUAUUUGAUUGCUCUGUAUCCAGCUCCUUGGAAUUUGCAGCAGAGUUCAGGGGACACUAUUACAAAAUGAGUUCUCAGGAAAAACUGAAUAAAUUCUUGGAGAACCCGGAAUUGUACGUGCCUCCCUUAGCACCUCAUCCACUCCCGACUGAUGACAUGCUCCCCAAAAGGCUGACACCCUCAGAGCUGAAGAGUCGCUUCCCCAAGAGUGCCGAGCUCCAGGGCUACUGCCCAGUAACCUAUCAAGAUGGGAAGCAAAGAUAUGAAGCCCUAGUACCUGGUAACACUGACUAUGCUGUGGAAUAUCGUGAUCAUAUAUAUAUUUGUGAGAGUAACGAAAAACUCCAGAAGUUUUUGAGGUCACCGAUGAAAUACUGGAAUCAGAAGCUUCCAAACAAACUGCCCCCGUUAAGGGAACCGAUACUGCUUACCAGUCUUCCUUUGCCCGGAUACCUGGAACAGGGUACCGCAACUGCUCUAAUUAAAGCAAUGAACGCAGCAGGAUGCUUAAAGCCCAAAUUCCCCUUCUUGAGUGUAAGGAGAUCCGCACUACUAUAUAUGGCUUUACAUCUAAAAGCAUUUAAUCCCAGAAGUUCUGAAUACACAAGAAAAAAGUACAAGAAGAAGAUGGAACAGUUCGUAGAGAGAUGUGAACUCAUAACGUACUUGGGCGCCAAGAUGACCAGAAAAUACAAGGAACCUCAGUUUAGAGCCAUUGACUUUGACCAUAAAUUACAGAGCUUCCUCUCCCUCAGAAAUGUAGACCCAAUUAAUGGAUAGUUUGCUUAGACAACUGCAGCUUGAAUCUUGAGAGAGGGGAAUCAAGAGAAGUAAACUGAAAAUGUGGCCCUCU